GUGUACACCACCGAGGGUCAGCAUCUACUCUCCUGACGAUGGGAGCUGUCCUGAAUGCCCCGAUCACGGUUCGUCUCUACAAGAUCCAGUGAACUCAGGCCAAAAUGCCCACGUCAAGAAGUUUCCGAGCUUAUUAGCAACCAACGGCCUGCCGUGCUACCUAAGGUUCCAACACCCUCGAGCUCCCCAAGUGCCUGUCUAGUAGGCAAUGAUUGAAUCUGGGGUAAGUUACGAAAGGGCUGAGAUUGCGUACGAGCGAGCAAUCCAAACUUUGAUUGGUCCAAAUUCUAUUUGUCAACAAAACCUCAACUACUCCAACUCCGUACGCUUACCUAACAACCCAACAACUAAGCACUCGGUUCCUGCAAGCCGAAUUGUUACAUCAUUCACCAUGCCACUCACUCCAAUGGAGAUGUGGAGAUAUCACGGCAUUCCGAAAUCACUUCGCCACAUGGCGUGCUACUCACGGCGUCCUAUUGUUUGAGUGGCCAUCUAGCCCUCGGCUUUUGGGAAGGGAGUGGUACACUUUUCAACGGUGAUAAGACAUCGUCUAGUAAUCGUACCCCUCGAUUUCUAAGAUCCCAAUGACGUGCUGGCAUGGCUCUGUUUUCGUUGCUUACAAUAUCACAAUUUGUGCUUACAUACUCUUUGUACUCAAUACACACGCAUAUAUAUAAACAUCUAUCUCCAUUGCUGACAAUUUACCUUCCUUACUUAUAUCAAUAUAGCACAGCUAUUCAUACGCAUUUAUAUAUUUAUAUACAUAUACACUCUCACAUCAAUUCAUUAGAUUGUGAUUCCUCAACAGUCAGAUUACACUUGACCACAUUUUUAAAAGUACCUACGCAUCGACAACUCAACAUCGACAAUUCAGCAUCAACGUCAACAUCAUGACAACCGCUGCACCCAUCCACAAUACACCCGCCCACAACCUUUCUCAAUCUUCACGAAUUGAAGCUGCCGGUCAAAUCAGUAUUAAAGACAGUAGUUUUGUUCCUCGCGGUGAUACAAUUGUCACCCUCAAUUAUUUCAGACCACCAGAAGACGGCUCCGUGCCUUUCAAUUACGUCGAAGAACCACCCCACGGACAACCUCAACGCAACUUUGGAGAUUUUGACAUCCAAGUUCCGAUCAGCGAUAUCCGCGGUAAAGAAUCGCAAUACAAUCUGAAUAAAGAUGCAUUCGAAGUAAUCCUCGGAGUUCCGGAGUCUGCAGAAAGGGAAUUCAGUGACGACGAUUCAAUUAAGAGGAACUAUUAUCCCGAAGUCGAGAAAUUAGUCUUGGAUAAUGUACCCGGCUCGAAUAAGGUGUUUAUUUUUGACCAUACGGUUCGUCGCUCAGAUCCGAAUGCUCAUCGGGGUCCGGUCGCAAGAGUUCAUAUCGAUCAGACUUUGAAAUCAGCCAAACAACGUGUACAUCGUCAUUUGCCAGAAGAAGCAGAGAAACUUCUUCAAGGUCGAUUCAGAAUUAUAAACGUAUGGCGUCCAAUCAAUGGAGUUGUUCAGGGAAAUCCAUUAGCCUUCGCUAGCUCUGCAACUACUCGCGACGAAGAUGUUAUCCCAAUAGAACAUCGAUAUCCAGAUACAACUGGUGAAACAGCUGGUAUCAGAUACAACGAGGGACAAAAAUGGCAUUAUUUGUCUGGAAUGAAGAAUGACGAGAGAUUGUUCCUAGAGUGUUUCGACAGUGAGUCACUGAAGCCUGGUACUAAGGUUCAGGGCGGUAGAGUACCACACACUGCAUUUGUAGAUGCUAGAACACCUGAAGGUGCAAAAGGUAGAGAGAGUAUUGAGGUUAGAUGUUUGGUUUUCGGUCCUUGAGGUUCAAAUUUUGUUGUAUGGGCGAUAGAGGAUAUUUACAUGGAGUUUUGACUUAGCAUUGGGGGUUUAUUGUAUAUGAUCUGAAUUUACGAAUUAUUCACAAAUCGUUUUAUCUUUGUUCGAGUGAAGCAUUGUUGGUCGCAUGCGAAUAUGCAUAAAAUUUCAGGAUUUACUUCUCUUUCUUUUCUAAUACAAUUAGCAUUGUUCAAGUUGGUUGUAUGGAAAUAUCAUUCCAUGCAUGCCCCUCACCACAAAGAGGAAUAACAAAAGAAUUGCAAUAUUCCUUGCUUACUCUACGUACAUAGGUAGGUAUGAACAAUCUUCUUGACUAAGACAACA